CCAAAUUUUCUUUCCAUGGUGCUGUGCCAAACCGCGAUAGCAUGGAGCAGGAAAAACCCUAUUUUGCUGUAAUAGCUGGAUUAUGUGCUUCCUUUGCAAGUUUGUUCGGAAAGUUGACCGCAAACAGUGGCCGGCUGUUAGAUUGGGUUGGACUUGCUUCCUGGCCAGUAGGUGAAGUCUUGGUGCAGGCAUUAUGUGUACUCAUUAUGAUACUGCUCAACGGUUGCGUUUGGCGAUUCUUCGUUAAAGCACUGCACACUGGAACCGGAUCCACGCUUCGCGCAUCCUUGGCCAGCGCUGCCACGAAUUAUGUCGCUUCGGCAAUUCUAGGCAUGCUGCUAUUCAACGAGCAUAGCACACUGCUUUGGUGGCUCGGAACGUUGCUCGUUUUAGCAGGAUUGCUGUUGAUUAUCGGUGGUUCGGACGAGGAAAGUGAAGCGACACAUUCAAACCAGACACACCGGAAAGGAGAAUAA